CGAGUUUAGAUUUAAAGACUCCAUUGUCCUCUCUCUUCAUCACCGUCCCCAAAUCUCUCUCGAAUCCCUCGAGCCCCCAAAUCUCAUCUGCGAUCGUUGUUUCUCUGAGCCCUAAUUCCUUCAAAUCCGUCCUCCUUCUCCGAUCUCGAUCACGCGGUUGUUCGAUUGGCGAUCGCCGGAGUUUCUCUCCGGCUCCCCCCUCGUCGGAUUGCCUCCUGAGCGCUAGGUUUUGAGAAGAGGUUUUAGGUUCUCCAAGCAUGAGGGUCAAUGGAUGAAGAUGCCAGAGCUGCGUAGUGGACCGCGACGGGGCCGGGCGCAGCCUAAUCCCGUGGUGCAGAGCGAGAGACGCGGCGCCGCCGGGGCAGCCAGGAGAAGGAGGCCGGCGACGAGGGGCCGCCAGGCGGCGGAGGAGAUCGUGGUUGUUGAGCCCAAGGAGGAGGUCGGGCUCCCUGAGGGCGUUGGCGAGAUCGGCGCGCUUGGUGGCGGGGAGGAGGAGAACCAGGAGGAGGUUGGCGAGAGGAGAAUGGAUGAGUUUGAUAGCGGUGGGAAGAGCGCCGAUAAGCUUGCUGGCGGGGAGGACGAGGGGAGCACCGCGCCGCUCCCCGAGAAGGUCCAGAUUGGCAAUUCACCUGUGUAUAAAAUUGAAAAGAAACUAGGAAAAGGGGGCUUUGGACAAGUUUAUGUUGGUCGGCGUAUGUCACCUGCUAAUGCAAAUGAUAGAAUUCCUGGUUCUAAUGCUGUAGAGGUGGCAUUAAAAUUUGAGCAUAGAAGCAGUAAAGGAUGCAAUUAUGGACCUCCAUAUGAGUGGCAGGUUUACAACACCCUUGGUGGUAUUCAUGGGGUGCCACGUGUUCAUUACAAGGGCCGCCAAGGGGACUAUUAUGUCAUGGUCAUGGACAUGUUGGGGCCAAGUCUAUGGGAUGUUUGGAAUAAUAAUUCUCACACCAUGUCUAUUGAAAUGGUUGCUUGCAUUGGCAUUGAAGCAAUUUCCAUUUUAGAGAAGAUGCACUCUAAAGGUUAUGUGCAUGGAGAUGUGAAACCUGAGAACUUCUUACUUGGUCCUUCAGGGACUCCUGAAGAGAAAAAACUAUUCCUUGUUGAUCUUGGCUUGGCCACUAGGUGGAAGGAUACUUCUAGCGGUCAACAUGUCGAUUACGACCAACGACCAGAUGUUUUCAGAGGAACUGUACGCUAUGCUAGUGUUCAUGCACACCUAGGAAGGACAGGAAGCAGGAGGGAUGACCUAGAAUCCCUUGCCUACACACUUAUUUUUCUACUUCGUGGCCGUCUACCAUGGCAAGGAUACCAGGGGGAGAAUAAAGGUUUUCUUGUGUGCAAAAAGAAGAUGGCCACAUCUCCAGAAUCACUGUGUUGCUUUUGUCCACAUCCUUUCAGACAAUUUGUUGAGUAUGUGGUCAACUUAAAGUUUGAUGAGGAACCUAAUUAUGCCAAAUGUAUUUCCCUUUUCGAUGGUAUAGUAGGUCCAAAUCCUGAUAUCAGGCCAAUUAACACUGAUGGGGCACAGAAGCUUAUAUACCAGGUUGGUCAAAAGAGAGGCCGGUUAAUGAUUGAAGAUGAAGAUGAUGAACAGCCAAAGAAGAAAGUCAGGAUGGGGAUGCCUGCGACACAAUGGAUUAGUGUUUAUAAUUCCCGGCGACCAAUGAAGCAAAGGUAUCACUACAAUGUUGCUGAUGCUAGGCUCGUGCAGCAUAUUGAGAAAGGAAAUGAAGAUGGUUUAUUUAUCAGCUGUGUUGCUUCUUGCACAAAUCUGUGGGCACUGAUUAUGGACGCAGGCACUGGGUUUACUGCCCAAGUUUAUGAGCUAUCAGCAAAUUUUCUUCACAAAGAAUGGAUAAUGGAGCAAUGGGAGAAAAAUUUUUACAUCAGUGCAUUAGCGGGGGCAAACAACGGAAGCUCCUUGGUGGUGAUGUCUAAAGGUACCCAAUAUGCUCAGCAAUCCUACAAAGUCAGUGAUUCUUUUCCAUUCAAGUGGAUAAACAAGAAAUGGAGAGAAGGUUUCUACGUCACUGCCAUGGCCACUGCCGGAACUAGAUGGGGUGUUGUCAUGUCCCGAAAUGCUGGAUUUAGUGAUCAGGUUGUUGAGCUCGACUUCCUGUACCCAAGUGAAGGUAUCCACCGGAGGUGGGAUGGUGGGUAUCGCAUAACCGCCACUGCUGCAACAUGGGACCAGGCUGCAUUUGUUCUUAGUGUACCAAGAAGGCGGCCUGUUGAUGAAACACAAGAGACUCUAAGAACUUCUGCAUUUCCAAGUCAGCAUGUGAAGGAGAAGUGGGCCAAAAAUCUUUACAUUGCCUCUGUUUGCUAUGGUCGAACAGUUUCAUAAACUUGCCUUGGUUUGCAUCACCAAGUUCUUACCCUUAGAAAUGUGAAAGCUUGUCGAUUGAAGGCAACCCCUAAUCGGGCACUUGUGUGUUAGAUAUGCCUUAGAUGUGCAAAAUUUUACUUUAUUGUUGUCUACUAACACCUGGUGCAGCAUCACUGUCUAGUUUUAGGGAUGCUUAAACGUUUUACCAUGCAUUUUUGGCAUCCUUAAUUAUUGGCAUCGCGGUUGUAUAGUGAAUAAAUUUUAAUUUCUCACAAAUGCAAAUAUAUCCUAAGUUUGAUGCUAUCGGAACUUGUAGGUUGUACUCAGCAAGGUGACUAUUUUCGGUUCCAAUUGUUUGAUUGUUUGAUUCCUCAUCA